AUGCGAAAUUAUAUCGAAAACAUGGCUCUAUGGGCGGAUAUCACUGAUCCACAACGACAUUUCGAGGUCGACGUACCUGUAAGAGCUGUCAAAGAACCAGUUUUGCGGUCUGCCAUUUUUGCAUUCUCAUCUAGGCAUAUCGACAGGCAAAGGGCAGGGGAUACAGCGGAGGCCUUACAAUAUCACAACCAUUGUCUUCAAAUGCUGAUCCCGGCGCUUUCUGGUGCUCAGGAGAAUAUUACGGACGUAAUUCUGGCUGCAGUAGCAAUCCUCCGCGAACAUGAAGAAAUGGACUGGGAAGACAACCAGUUCCACCUCACCGGAACAACACACAUCCUCAACUCCGUCUCAUCGUUCGGCUCGUCUGGCGGCUUAGGAGAAGCAGCUGCAUGGCUUUGUCUUCGAGAAGACAUUUAUGUCUCGCUAACCGCGCAAAAGCCACUUCGAACGAACUUGCAAAAUUUCAUCCACUCGGACAUAUUCCAAAGAGAUGAUGAUUUUGCCUGGGCCAGUCGCAUGGUCUUCCUCUUGUGUAAGGUCCUCAAGUGCGCAUUCACCUAUGAAGCUUCCACAGCAUAUUUGGCGCUUGUACAUGACGUCGAGCAGGAAGUGGAGGGAUGGUUUAAUACGAAACCGCAUACGUUUAAUCCCAUCCGAUUUAUCCCACGUACACAGCGACGGGACCAGCGGUUCCCCGUUAUUUGGAUGUUGUUGCCAGUUCACGUUAUUGGUUUGCAAUACUAUCAUGUCGCCAAGAUUGUGCUUGCUGUUUCGGCUAGCCCAAGCCCUGCUGUGGGAUAUGAAAAUUUGAAGCAUUUGCGGAAUAUUGAGAGAACAAUUCGGAAUCACCUUCUAGUCGUGCUUGGCCUGGCAAGAUCAAAUACCAAAGCGGAGAAUGCACUCUUCACAGCUCGCCAUAGCUUAGUGUCUUGGGGCUGGGUCCUACGUAACAAAUUCGACCAAGAAGCCGCGGAGAUUCUUCUGCGGGACAUGGAAGUGACCACCGGAUGGAAUAUGACUGGGUUAAUUCAGACCUUGAGAGAACAAUGGAAUGAUGAAGAUUCUAAUCAUUGA